GAUACAUAUUCUUGUUAUCUCGAAAAUACAAGGAAGAAGCAAGAAGCAAGAAGCAAGAUGAGUAGCAGUUGCAAAACCAUGUUGUGUUCAUCACUCUCUUCUUCCUUCAAAUUCAAAUCCACUCCUUCACCUUCUUCUUCUCUCCUUCGCCGCCGUAACUACCACAAAUCCACGUGGCAAUGUUACAACUCACCUCAAAACGCCGCCGUUUCAGCAAUAGACGAUCCCCAAUCAAACCACUCAAUACAGAACCUCCUAAGCGCCGAAGGAGUCACAUCACUUAUGAAAAUGGAACGCAAACCUCUUCUUCACGAACCUCAGGUUCGGUGGUUCCCUUACCGAAACUCUUUCAGGUGCGGAAACGGUUACGAAGUUACAAGUUCGGAAGUUAUUGAAGCGGUUAGUCCUUGCAUUUCAGAAACGAGGAAGCAUAGGUUCGGGAACGCGGUUCGGAACCGAAGCUACUCGGUUUGUCUUGUGGUGGAAGGGUUGUGUGAUUUCGGCAAUGUUUCGGCUACGUUUCGAUCUGCUGAUGCUCUUGGUGUUCAGUCUGUUCAUGUUGUGUCUUCUGAUGCUAACAAAAGGUAUAAGGACAAUCGCCAUGUAAGCAUGGGCGCAGAGAAAUGGUUAGACAUUGAACUAUGGGAUUCUACAAAGGAGUGCUUUGAAAUGUUGAAAUCAUGUGGUUAUCGAAUUGCCACUACUCAUGUGGGAAUAGAUGCGGUUUCUAUAUAUGACUUGGACUGGUCCUGUCCGACUGCAAUAGUUGUCGGGAAUGAAAAUAGGGGUAUUAGUGAAGAGGCUUUGGCAUUGUCAGAUUUGCACUGCAGUAUUCCAAUGAAGGGUAUGGUUGACUCUUUCAAUGUUUCAGUUGCUGCAGGAAUCCUCAUGCACCAUGCUGUUUGCGAUAGAAUUUCUCGUAUGGGCCGUCAUGGCGAUUUGACAGUUGACGAAAGACAAAUUCUACUUGCAGAGUUUUCGCUGCGUCAUAGCAAUAGUGCUAUCAGUGUUGUCGAAGAUUAUGCAAAGCGCAAGGCAGCAUUAUUAACCUAACAGCAUUGACAGGAAGUUAAACUACUUCAAAUUGUAUGUUUGCUCAUCCUUGACAAGGAGACAGGCAAGCACUAGAUCCCUGAUUGAUAUUCGUGCAAAUGCUAUAUUGCAUUAGCCGAAGCAUGGCGCACAAGCCCUACACAUGACAAUGAGGAACUCACCGUAUAAUACCAUGCUUCUAUUCAAAUUGUAAUAUUUCAUUAAUGAUGUGCUUACUAGUUACUAGCCCAAUUUUCGUAGCCAUGGGAAAUUAUGAUAACUAAUGUGCAACUGUUUUUUGUAGAGUUUCUCGGUAUUACCGAGUCAUAAAGACAAAAAAUUUGAAGUUCCUAGUUUGAUUCAUUUUGACAUACAGUAGUUUGUAUUAUAAUCAAGGAAAUGCAAAAGGUUAUGCUGCUA